AUGAGCGAUGAGGCCGUGAACCCCUCUGGCCACGCGGCGGCCGUGGAGCCGUAUGAGGCCUCGAAUCCGCUCGCGCCUGUACUCCCGAAUCCCCAAAGUGCACUCUCAGUAAAAGGCACGGCGUCGCGCUCAUGGCUUGCCAAUGUCCGCCGACCACGCACUUCGCCAGGACCCCGCGCAUUUUCUUUGAAGCGCACGCCGCCACACGCAGACGAUGACGAUCGCAGAGAUUCGGCCCUGGCCUCGUCCAGCGGUACCAUCGUCAACGAACCGCCUUCACCAAGGAGUCUGCGCAGGACGCCAAGCCUGCCUGCCAUUGUGAUUCACGACGAGCGCUCAUCCAGGACAGAACAUGCACACGACGAAGACGACGCUGCUUUUUCCCGGCUUGAUUGCAUCAUACCCACUGGCGGCUUUGACGACAUUUCCUCGGAUGCGCUGAUAUCUUUUUCGAAGCGGGGCAGCAUGAUGUUGGGUGGCAAAAGGGCAAACAGGAAGAGUAGACAGAUGGAUUUGCUUGUGGAAGGCGCGCCCACACCGAGUGCGCCGCCGCGACCGGAAGAGGAGGUGGUGAAAGAGACGAAAGAGGAGGAGGAGCAGGCAGAAUUACGAGAGCAAACACAGCGAGAGUCUCAAGAGCAACCACAACCCACCUCCGACCAAAUGCAACAGGAAUCCCCGCAACCCCCACCCCCCACCGCGAGACUCCUCUCCCCACGAGCAACCUCUCGUGUUUCCGGUAGAUCGCGAUCCAUAAGCCACCGUGUUCUUUCCGCUGAUGAGAUGACCUUGUCGCGCAAGGUGCGCUGCAUGUACAUGCACGGAAACGAGAGCGCCGUCAACUGGGAUGCGCCAGAGGAAGACAGCAGGAGCAUUCAGAACAGUUAUCGUGGUAAUAGCAGUGUCAACAACAUGGCCAUGGAAGUUAUCGAGGACGAUAGCUCCCUUAUGAGCUCGAGGCGCGGCAGCGUCAUUGUCAAGGAGCCCACUGAGGCUGCUGGUGGGCUGGAGGACUGGGCUGAUCUUGAAGGCGGCGAGGUUGAUCGAUAUGGCUUCAUUAUCCCCAAGAGGACGAGAUCGAAAUCCAACAGCGAAGGCAUAGACGGUCCCGACGAACCGCACAUGCAACGAGUCACCACGACACUGCAGUUGUUGUCUGAAGAGCCUAGACGUCGCCGAUUGGGCCGGAGUGUCUCACGCGCGCCUUCCACAAAGUCUGGCGGUCCUCGAGCCGGCUCGCUCAAACGAAGAUUUUCCGGCAGGUCUUCCAGGCCUGCUAGAUCUAUCUUCUCUGGAAAGACAUCGGAUUCCCGUACGACCUUCCAGCCUUUGCGCCAUGCGGCGAACAAACUACCUCACAACCGCGACCGCCGAUUGAGAGACGAAGCGAGCGACAUGCUCAAACUACCGCCAGGCUUGGCUGAGGUUGCCGAACAGAAGGAGGGCGGUAGGGCUGCCCGAGCUAUGAAGGCAAAAGAAAUCGAGCGGAAUGAAAAAUGGCGAAAGAUGGCAAAGGUUGUCAAAGCAGGCGCAGACAAGGGGGGCAUGCUUUUCGAGUUCGAGACCAAAGACCCAAAAGUCAUAUCUCGCACGUGGAAAGGUAUUCCGGAUCGCUGGAGAGCGACUGCAUGGUACUCCUUCCUGGCUGCAAGCGCCAACGCGGAUGCCGACAGUCCAACUGAGGAAGAACUUAUUGUCAACUUUUAUGAGCUUCAAGAAGAGAGUUCCGCAGACGAUGUCCAGAUCGAUGUUGAUGUCCCACGCACCAUCAACAGACACAUCAUGUUCCGACGCCGAUAUCGUGGUGGGCAGCGACUACUUUUUCGUGUACUUCACGCAAUGUCAUUGUAUUUGCCCGAAACGGGUUAUGUUCAAGGUAUGGCCUCUUUGGCGGCCACGCUUCUGUGCUAUUAUGAAGAGGACCGGGCAUUUGUGAUGCUCGUCCGAUUGUGGCAGCUUCGAGGCAUGGAGAGGCUCUAUGAGGCAGGAUUUGAAGGCCUCAUGGAGGCUCUUGAAGAUUUUGAGCUCAACUGGCUGCGCGGAGGUGACAUUGCGCAGAAGCUUACAGACCUGGGCAUCACAUCAACCGCAUACGGCACACGAUGGUACCUCACUUUAUUCAAUUACUCGUUACCAUUUCCAGCACAACUCCGCGUUUGGGACGUAUUCAUGCUGUUGGGUGACAAGUCGCACGCUACUACACCGGGAUCCAAGUUCAGCGCAGAUAUGGAUGUCUUGCAUGCUACAUCAGCUGCACUCAUCGAUGCAACACGAGAAAUCCUGCUUGAUUCGGACUUUGAGAAUGCCAUGAAGGUCCUGACAUCAUGGAUCCCGAUUAAAGACGAGGAUCUACUGAUGCGGGUAGCCAAGGCAGAAUACAAGAUGAGGAAGAAGCGAGCCAAUGCCUGA